GCCGUAGGGGGCGGGGCUUCUGCCGGAAGUAUACGUGUGCGGGAGUAGGAAGCCGGAAGCGAUGGCGGCGGCGAAGGCCGAGUGGGAGCCCAUGGGGCUGCUGCCGGCGGCGGGGGGCGGCCUCGACUGGGAGACAGUGCUGGGCGAGGAGCUGGGCGAGCUGCUCGGUGCUGCGGAGUCGCGGCGCGCCUCGAGGGACGAGCCCGACUCAUUUCAGGAAAAUGAUCUGUGUAACUUUCAUUUUGACUUGGAUUUGAUGUCCUGGGACUCAGACCUUUGGAAUAUUACAAGCCACUCUUAUUCAGAUGCAAAUGUGAAGACUGAGCCCUUAUCACCAGCCCCUUCAACUUGUUCCGUCCCUUCUCCAUCAUCUGCGGACUCUCCAGUGCAGAAUGUGCCUGAUGAUAUGGAUUUCAGCUGCAGUUCCCAGCUGUCUCCUAUCUCCCUCUACUGCAAGAGCUCCAGAAGCCCUGCGUCCUCUGAAGGAGAUGCAGAGAAGAAACCGAUUGUUGGCAUCACUUCUCGGUCCGCGAAUAAUUCUGUGAAGACUCUGAAGAAAUGUGGUCAGACAGCGUCUAGGCCAUCAAUACAACCAAAGCCUCUUUUGCCUGCUGUACCUGAGGCUCAAGCUAACAUUGGCAUCCCAGCUAAAACAAUCAUUAUUCAGACGCUUCCAACACUUGUGCCACUGCCAAAGCAUCAGCCAGUUGUUAACAUCCAGCCAGCACCUCCCAAAGGUCAAUCAGUGGUGCUUCCCCAGCCUGCAGUGGUACAGCUGCAGGCUUCUGGGGUGCUACCUGCCUCCCAGCCAGUCAUUGCUGUCACAGGAGGAACCACGCAGCUGCACAAUCACACCGUGAGUGCACUGCCUGCGACUGCUGCGAAUGGCUCAGCAAAUGGCAAAAUCACAGUGGCUAAACCCUUGCUCCAAAGCACCACACCGGCAGUGGGGCUGGAUAUCAAUGUGUUGAGAAGACAGCAGCGCAUGAUCAAGAACCGCGAGUCAGCCUUUCAGUCACGAAAGAAAAAGAAAGAAUACAUGCUAGGGCUAGAGGCCAGGCUGGAGGCAGCCUUACUGGAGAAUGAAAAGCUCAAGAAAGAAAACAGCACACUGAAGAGGCAGCUGGAUGAAGUGGUGUUAGAGAACCAGAAGCUCAAAGUAUCAUCUCCCAAGAGAAGAACCUUAUGUGUGAUGGUGAUACUGGCUUUUAUAAUGUUGAAUUACGGCCCACUCAGUGUAUUUGAAAAAGAUCCCAAUGGAGUUGAUUCCACCAUGAGUUCCAGCCACCGGACCAGAAAUCUCCUGGAGUUCUCAGCUACCAAGGAGCCCAGCCCAGCUCAGAAAAUACCCAUUGACAUAAUUUCCCAGAAGAUUAAUAGGUAUGAUAAUUCUGUGUCUGAUAACAAAGCGUUGAUGAUAGUAUCAGAAGAACCACUGUUGUAUAUUUCACCUCCACCACCACCCUGUCAGCCCCUGAUCAACCGGACAGAGUCACAAAGGCUGAAUCAUGAACUUCGAGGAUGGGUUCAUAGACAUGAAGUGGAAAGAACAAGGUCUAGAAGGAAGUCCAAUAACCGACAUCAGAAAGCACGGGUUAUGCAGAGCUCCGUUAGUGAGAAGGUACAUUCCCAACUAAUGACCAUGCCUUACACAGACACAAGCCUCAGCAGGAACUCAGGGAAUGAGCUCCAAGUGUAUUAUGCCUCUCCAAGGAGCUAUCAAGACUUCUUUGAAGCUAUUCACAGAAAGGAAGAUACAUUCUACGUGGUGUCAUUUCGCAGGGACCACCUGUUACUGCCAGCCACCACACAUAACAAGACUAGAAGGCCAAAGAUGUCUAUAGUGUUGCCAGCUGUAAACAUCAAUGAGAACGUGAUCAAUGGGAAGGACUAUGAGGUGAUGAUGCAAAUCGACUGCGAAGUGAUGGACACCAGGAUCCUCCACAUCAAAAGUUCAUCUGUUCCUCCGUACCUCCGUGAGCAGCGCAGAAAUGACACUAACACCUUCUACAGCUCAUCCUCCUCUGUCUCAGAGACACCCCACGCCCUGAGGGCCAUUGUCAAGUCCCUGCAGUAACUCCUGCACAGCAGCACAGCCCGUGCACCCAGCAUGCAGCAGGUCCUGCUGCCAGGCUGAGCCUUGCCAUUGCCAAGUCCAUGGGGCUCUGGACACAGCAAGGGCAGCUAAGCCUGUCCCAGUGCAUGAUGCUGCCAAAUGGCCACAUGUCUAGCCCAGGGAUUGCAGAGCUCUGUGGCCCCUCACUGGGGACAGGCCUGGGGGACCCACGCAGUGUGGUGCCCAAUGCCAGCGGUGCAAGCAAUGCACACCGCCUCAGUCCUGGUGUCCAGCAUCAGCUGAUGCUCAGCACUGGCACAGGGGGAGCACGGGCUGUCCUUGCUACUUAUGCACUGUCCAUACUUUGGGUUUGUUUUGUUUUUUUUCUCCCUGUUAAACAGUCUCCUGAGGUCUGGUGCUGAGCACUGGGGUCCUACUCAGAGACACUGCUGCGCAGACUGUGCCUGAGGCCAGGCUUUCCCCCAGUGCCCAGAUCCAAGCUGCAGGCGGUCCUGCCAGCCCUCGUCCUGGCGUUGCACCCCACAGCAUCCACGCCUGCCACAGUGGCUAUCCCCACUCCUUGUCACCCCAUGCACCUUCCUCAAACCCUUCCCCAUGCAGCCUCCCCUGUGGGGGUGCUGCAGGCUGGUGAUGGUGCCAUGGGGCAGCCCAGCCACACAGUGAGGAGCGUUAGCCCUGCACCACAGGGUGCUCACAGCCAAGGCACUACAAGCAGAACAACCUGCACUGCCUCCAGGUGAGACCUGGGCCACAGGGACCGAUGCACAGGGGCUCUGUGCACCCCUCCAUAUGGGGUGCUGCUAUCAGGGAGUUGGAGCCCUGUGGUGUGACCCAGCAAGGCUAAGUGGUUUAGGCUGUGGUGGUUUAGCUAAGCACGUGCAUUGCUAAAGAUUAUACUGCCUUUCUUUUGGGUUUGUUUUUGGGUUUGUAUUUUUUCUUCCCUUUUUUUUGUUUUGGUUUUUUUUUUUCAUGUUGGGUAAUAUUUAAUGUUUUUCACUGCUCACAGCCUGCAGAGUGUUUGCAGGCCUAUGGGGUGGGCAGCACCCUACUGGGCAGCAGCUGAGGGGCUGCGGUGCUGGGCUGGGAGCAGCAGCCAUGCGUAAUGACUUCAGCAUGUUGUUACGUUAUUUCCCCCCUCGCACUUAGCACAGAAGAUGAUCAGCUUCAGUUUGCCAGACCGUUGGCUUUCCCUCGUCGUCUGAACCACUUACUGAACUGAUGUGUUUGUUUUUUUAAUUAUUAUUAUUAUUAUUUGUGUGUGUGUGGCUGUUAGGAAAGAAAGGUUGACCCAGCAGAAAGACAAACAGCUCGGGGGGAGGCGAGGAGGAGGGCGAGGAGCAAUCCACCCCAGUAAAAUAUGUGCCUUGCAACACUGUGGAAAAGCUUUGCCCUUUGCCACGUAGUCAGCACCGCACAGCCCCGUCCCCCCGGCGCGAGCUGCUGGGAAGCAGCCGGGCUCGGCGAGGGGCCUGGCCGCACUCCGUGCACCAGUCCUGUUUUCCUGGCCCAGGCCCCACCUGACGGCAGGCCAGUUCACACAGCCCAGAACCUCCCCGGCUGUGCCCCAGCUGGAGGCACGCAGCCCCCCGGACGUGGGGCUCUAAGGGGGCCCUUUGCUGCUGGAGAUCGGCAGCACCCCUGGGUGGGUGGCAGGGCAGCGUCUUCAGCCUGGGGCUGGCACAGGGGGCUUGGGGACACGCUGCAGCCCCCGGCAGUGGCAGAGAGCACCUCUCUUCCCUUGUAUCCUGUUGUGUGUCCCUAGCACUGAAGGCAAUAAAGUGGUUCUCUUAUUUAUUACUGUUA